CAGCAGCAGCAGGUAGCAGCCACCAGUCCACCACCACCCCACUCCGCCAGUGCGCCGCGCAGUGAGCUGCUGCCUGCUGUCUGACUGUCACCGCUGCCGCCGCCACGCCCACGCCUCAUCAAGCGAGGCAAUGGCGUCGCGGCUCCUGCCGUUGGUCGCGGCGCUCCUCCUCCUCCUCCUCCUGACGGCGGCGUCGUCCGAGGCGACGCUGCACCCGGUGGACUACCUGGCGCUGCAGGCGGUGCGGCGGGCGCUGUCGGACCUGCCGGGCUCCCGCUUCUUCGCGUCGUGGGACUUCACGGGCGACCCCUGCUCGUUCGCGGGCGUGUCGUGCACGGCCGACGGCGCCCGCGUGGAGACGCUGGCGCUGGGCGACCCGCGCGCGGGCGCGCCGGGCCUCGGGGGCGCGUUCCCGUCCGCGGCCGUCGCCAGGCUGCCGGCGCUGACGUCGCUGUCCCUCGUGCCGGGGCGCGUCACGGGCGGCCUCCCCGCCGCCGUGGCCGCGCUCCCGGCGCUCCGCUUCCUCGCGCUCGCCGGGAACCUGCUCUCCGGCGACCUCCCGCGCGCGUUCGCGCCGGCGCUGCGCACCGUCGACCUCAGCAAGAACGGGUUCACGGGGACGGUACCGGCGCCGCUCCUCCAGCUGCGGGGCCUGCGCACGCUCGUGCUCUCGCACAACGCCCUCUCGGGCGAGAUCCCGCGGUCGGUGCGGGCGCCGCUGCUCCACCUCGACCUGCGCGGGAACCGGCUGUCGGGCGGGGUGCCGCCGCUGCCGGGCACGCUGGCGUACCUGUCGCUGGCGGGGAACCGUCUGUCGGGCCCCGUCGGCGGCGUGCUGCGGCGCCUGCCGAGGCUGACGUUCCUCGACCUCGGCCGGAACUGGCUGUCGGGCGAGGUCCCGGGCGAGGUGUUCGCGUUCCGGCGCAUCGCGUACCUGCAGCUGCGGAAGAACGCCUUCUCGGGCGAGCUCCGGCCCGCGGGGCGCGUGCCGGCGGGCGCCACGGUGGACCUGAGCCACAACGCGCUGUCGGGGCGCGUGCCGCCCGAGCUGGCCACCGCCGGCGCCGUUUACCUGAACGGGAACCGGCUCGCGGGCGAGGUGCCGCGCGAGGUGGCGGCGGCGGCGGAGGCCGGGCGGAUGCGCGUGCUGUUUCUGCAGGACAACUUCCUGACGGGGGUCGGCGUGGGCGGCGCGCUGCCGGCCAGCGCCGCCGUGUGCGCGCACUGGAACUGCGUCGCGCCGCCGCCGGCUGUGGUGGCCGCGUGCCCCGCCAAGGGCGGCAGGGGACGCCGCCGGCCGCAGGCGCAGUGCCGCGGCCGGACGGGGUGAGUUGCUUGUUUCUUCUGUUAUUCACACCCAAUCGAGAUCGAGGAGGAGGAGGAGGAGGGGGUUUAGUGGGUGGGUUUAGUGAUGAAUGAUGAUGAUGGUCAGGACAGGACGUCGUCUCAUUGCUCAUGAGAUGAAGACCCACAAGUGAUUAGCAAUAAUUUUUGGUGUACAUUUUUUAGUUCGCGGUUAAUCCUGGGAUGAUUUUGUCGGCUGGACACAUGAUGUCGAUGUCGGAGAUCACUACUACUGCACUGCAUAGGGAAAAGUUUGUGUAAAGGAAAAGCUAGGAUUCUUGUUGGUUGGUCUC